AUGCAUCAAUCUCAAGCACUCAAGAAAUCGACAUCGAUCGACUCGUCAGCUUCAUCACCAUUCUCUUUCCAUAGUGAAAUCAAAAAUCAUUCAGUAAAGGGCAAUCCAAAGAUCACGAAGAAAAUUACCGAUCAUGAGAAAAAUUUAUCCGAGAAGGAAUGUGAUUUUUUUACCUCGCCAUCGAUACCAUACAUCGAACACGAACCCGAUAAUGACUAUAUAUUCCCACAAGGUUGUUAUGGAAAUUUUUCGGCGUCAUUCAUAUAUGAUGUUGCUAAUAUAUUAUGCCAUCAGGAGAAUCCUAUUGAGGAAAUAAAAGCUCGUGACGAAGGUUGCAAAACAUUUCGGGCUAUCGGAUUGGAUUGUGUUGCUGAUGUGUAUAGUAAAGAUGUGAUAGAACGAUAUCACUGUAACAAAGACCCGUAUCUUAUUAAGUAUAGGGCCGUUCAUGUCUGGUAUGAUUGUGUGCCGCGGGUAGAUUGA